CAUAAGCCCGACUUUCUCACGGGCCACAACUGUGUUUCAUCCCGUUAUCCAUUGCCGCAAAUCCUUCGGGCACAUGGUUACCAAGAUGCGACUCUUCGCCCUUUUCGUUGUGGUUGCUGUCAGCUGUUGCGCUGGCAUGUCAGUCGAAGGACCUCGCCGUGCCGUUGUCACCAUUUCAAACGGAGAAAUCAAUGGCAAGAUCGUCUUUGAGCAAGCUUCACUCAAAAGCCCGGUCAAGAUCCGCGGCACCAUCUACGGCCUAGAGGCUGGUCUGCACGGAAUGCACGUGCACGAAGGCCAGCAGCUGGGAGCCGAUUGUCAUCAGGUCGGACCUCACUUUAACCCGACCGGUAAACAACACGGAGGCCCUCGUGAUGCUAACCGUCACGUUGGUGAUCUUGGUAACAUCAAGGCAAUUCCAUCAACCCCCGUUUCCCGUUCCGAAAUCAGCAUCCUAUCCCAGGUGAUGUCACUGUACGAGGACCAGCCUAACAGCGUUCUCAAUCGUGCUUUGGUCAUUCACGCUAAUGUCGAUGAUUUGGGUCGCGGUAAUGGCCCCGAGAGUCUCAAGAGCGGCAAUUCAGGCGCUCACAUCGCUUGCGGUCUUAUUUCCAACGUCAAUCUUGAAGAAGAGAAAAUCGAAGUUGACGAACAACUGGCCGGUUGCCACCAUCAUCAUGGACACAAUUGCCACCAAACCAUCAAUCACAGUCAUCACAGUCAUCAACGCUCUGUUGAGAUGAAGCCAUUGAAAGGAUUGGAGGAUUGGGCUUCUUUCGCUGAAACCGUCAAACCCGCCAAGCCCCAUGACGGUUUUGAAUUGAAAUCGAGCGUUCCCACCCGCAAUGUUUGGAAAGUUGGUCGCGUCUACGAAUACGACUACUCCGGCUUCAUUUCUACCGGUAUGAUGGGCAUCAGCCCCAUGAUCUCUGGUGGAUCCAUCUCUGGCCGCUUGGUCGUUGAGCCCGUAGAUCACAACGUCAUCAACGUUGCUUUGAGCGGCUUGACUGGCAAAAUGUUCAAUGAAGCUGUUUUGGAAGAGUUCGUUAAGGCUAACCCCGGAAGUGAUGUACCCUUGAUGGAUAAGCAGCACCUUGAGAAGCCCAUCCAAAUGAAGAUUGUCAACGGCAAGAUCGAAAGUGUUGCUAUCAGCAAGACCGAGCCUCUUUGGACCGUCAACUUCAAGCGCGCCUUGGCCGCUCAACUGCAAAUGCAGCUUGAUGGAGCUUCCGGUGUCUUCCACAAAGAAGAACUCAACUCUUACUACGCCGAAAAUACCGUCUACUACACCAUGGAGGGUUGCACCAGUGGCGAAUGCCAAACUUGGUACCAUAUCAGCCGUAUCCCCAAGCAGCAGUUGGUUUCUAACCCCAACUUGUUGGCUGUCCCUGAGCUGUGCGAGGGUUUCCCCGUCUACGAAAUCGUUAAGAACCGCGACUUCGACAAAUGCCAAAAUCUGCCAAUCUUCAACUACAUCAGCACCCCUGGCAUGCAAUGCGAUCUUGUUAGCGGCGCUGGUUGCCAGAACGAGUGGGCGCACGUCGAUAUUGUCAGAAUCCUCGGUUGCAAAGUGAACGAGGAUACUUUCCUCGUCCAGCGCAUCAAAACCAUGGACCGUUUGGUUGCCAAGCCUUUGGCUUAUGAGACUGAGGCUCUUGAAGGUUUGACCAUCCAGCACUUCCAGCUGGUUGACAUCAAGAACCAAAACAGCGAAUACGCCAUGAUUAAGGUGCCUGCUGACGUUAAGCACUACACUUCCUUGACUUACGCUUACGACGAGGAGCACGCCACUCAGAGCUCUCGUAUGACCCAACCUGGUCUGCGCGAUGACAACUCGCCGUUGGUCAUGGAGGUUACCGACGAAAAGGCUGUCCAAGAGGCUGAUCGUCUAUUGAUGGAGAUUGUUCGUGAAAUCGAAGGCACUGAAUACUACAGUGAUCCCAGUGGCAAGUUUGUCGCUGAUAAGAUCGAAAUGUUGCGUAAAGCCAUUUCCAACUUGGAGUUCUCCGAGCUGUCCGCUUUCGUCGCCAAACACUUGAGCCAGGAAACCGAAGAAUGGAGCCCCGUCGGCCAGGUGAUCUUGGAUGCCUUGAUGCUUUCCGGCACCAACCCCUCAUUGAUGAUCGUCCGCGACUGGAUCCUUAAGGGCCGUCUCCAAGGUGAACAGGCCGUCCAGGCUAUCGCUAUGCUGCCCGCCACCGUCAAGACCCCCACCAAGCAGCUUCUGAUCAACUUGAUCGAAUUGAUGAAAUCCGAAGUGGUUGCAAGCCACAGAGACUUGAAGUUCGCCACUGCUUUGUCCGUCUCUCGUCUCGUCUACCAGGCCUGCAUCAACAGCACCUUGAGCGCUAACUUGUUCCCCAAGUUGGUGAUGGGCGAGUUCUGCUCUGUCCGCGAUCCUUUGGUUACCCGUCAAUUGGUUCCUUGGCUCACCGAACAACUGAAGAAGGCCACCGACGAUGUCGAGCGUAUCGCCAUGAUGGCUGCUUUGGGCAACAUUGGGCACGAGGUGAUCAUUCCUUCCAUCCUGCCACACAUCAGCAGCUGCGAGCCCAGCAGCCACUAUGAAGCUCAGUGGUACGAGCGCCACCGCCGCGCCAUGCGCGACGACGAAGAGCCAAUGCUCAAGAAAGAAUGGAGAAAGAAGUGGUUGGCCUUCAAGAAAAAGAACUCGAAGAAAGACGCAUCCGUCGAGGAAUUGCUGGACCGUUUCGAGGAGGAACUCCGCAAGGAAAUGGAAGAAGAGCAAAAGGUAGGAAAGAGCCAUCGCCAACAUGACAAGAAGAGCAAGCCCGAACAGAAAAAGGAGAACAAGAAAGACAGCAAGAACAAGGCUAAGUUGAGCAAGAAGGAUGAAAAGAAGGAGCGCAAGUCAUCGAAGAAGGAAGAGAAAGAAGAGAAGGAAGAAGCUCAGGUAGAAGCCGUUUUGUUGGAAGAAAGAGAAGAAGCUAUUAAGAUCGCUGAAAAAGAAGAAAAGGAAGAAAUGAAAUCUAUCAAGAAGGAAGAAAAGGACGCCAAGAAAGAUGACAAAAAGGACCGCAAAUCGAUGAUGAAGGAGGAAAAACAGGAAAUCAAGAAAAUCAAGGAUGAAAUUAAGGCCGAAGACUCUGAAUUGGUUAACGAGAACUUUGAAUCCACUGAUGAGGAUGAGGUUGUCAUUGCCGAUCUCGAAGAAGAGUUGGAAGAAGAAGACGACUCGCUGUCGAUGGAAGACGUCGAAGAUAUGGCUGCUUGCAACAUUCUCCGCACCAAAGCCAUCUACGCUCUCUCCACCAUGGCCGUCAACAAGAACGAAAUCGUCGCCAAGAUCUUGAUGCCCGUCUACUUCAACAAAGCCGAGGAAACUGAGAUCCGUUUGGCCGCUCUGUCUCUGCUCUUCAUCAGCAACCCACCUGUGGCUUUCUGGGAACGCGUCGCUUUGAGCACCUGGGUCGAAACCAACGAUCAAGUUUCUCAUUACAUCUACACCACCAUCGCCAGUUUGGUGAGCAACAAAGAUCCCAAACGCCGCGACAUCACCCAACGCGCUGAAUCUGUUUUGCCCAUGAUGAAACCCAUGCGCUGGACUUCUUUCGUUUCGUCCAACUACCUGAAGGCCGGCUAUGACGAGAAGACCCGUCUCGGUUACUUGACCAAAACUGUCAACUUCCCCGGCUACGAAUCCUUCAUCCCGUCCAACCACUACAACAGCUUGUACCUUAACUUCGGACCCUGGUUCGUCCGUCUCUUUGACAUUUCCAUCAACAGCAAGCAACCCGAAAAGUUCCUCGAUAAAUUGCUGGGCAAACCUUUCCUUCGCGGAAAGUCCAACAAGGAUGAAUCUGCACACAGUCACCCCGACUUGGAAAAGAUCCACAAGGAUCUCAAAAUUGAAGCUCGUGCCACUGGCCAGCCCGAAAUCUUCGUCUACGUUAACUUCAUGGACAACUACCAACGAUUCUUGGCCAUCACCCCACUGACCAUUGAGAAAAUGGUCGAGAAACUGAUCCGCAACAGUGUCGAGCGUGGCAUCAAGAGCGAGUCAUCCACCAGUUUCCACAAAGUAAUGCCCAUGAUCGACGCUUUCGUCCGUGUUCCAUCUGCUAUGGGUCUCGCUUACUCAGCUAUUGCUCAAGUUCGUCUCUUCGCCUCAGUCAAGACUGAAUCGAAAACCAGCCUGGAAUUCCAAUCGAUGAAAUCGAUCAAGGCUCAAGUCGAAGGCAAACUGAUGCCCGUCUUGAACUUGGAUAUCAGCAGCAAAAUGACCGUUGAAGUUCCCUUCACCCGCUCUUACCCGACUGCCGGAGUUCACGUUGAAAUGUUCCUGGCUUUGCCUGGCCGCUUCUCUGUCACUGGCGAUAUGGACAAGGCCAACAUUGAGACCACCUGGGAAUUCUUGGGUGACAAACUGCGUCUAGCUCGUCACGCUGUUAUCCCUUACACCACCAUCCGCAAGCUGGGUGAUUACACUCCUUCCUUGCUCCUGGCCGAGACCAAACCCAUCAUGCUCCUAAGCAAACCUCUGCAGACUGAAACUACUUAUGGCGAGAAAUCUCUGGGUAUGAGCCUGGUGGUGACCGAGCGUGGAGAUGUCCAGGCUAUGAAGAGCCCCAAAGCUUACAACCAGGACUGGUUCGGUUACUUGCUUUUCAGUGCUUUGCCAUCCACUCUUCGCUAUCACGAGACCAAUCUCUUCUUGGACCAAACUAAAUCUGAGACUAAGACCAUCAAGACCACCUUCUCACUUGCUACCAAAGAAACUGACGAGAUCAACUCUGAAUUGUUGAACGAAGAAGAAUUCGAAAGCAAGAGCAUGCUGAAGAGAAAGAACGAAGAGAGUGUUGUCGAAGAAGCCGAGAGAAGAGAACGUAAAUUCCAACGUCUUUUCAAGUCGAUGGUCAAUCCCGUCGGUUACUCUUUGGACAUUGCCAUGGAGUUGGAAGGUAGCGCUAAAUCCCGUCUGUACGGUACCUCCCUAUCCUACGGAAUUGGUGAUUACGGCCGUUCGCAUCGCGGUAGCCUCAAGAUGGAGAAACGUCUCGAGUCCGAGGCUGAAGAAAACUUUGUUUUGUGUGUCGAUGUUGACGCCAAAUUGCCCAGACCUUCCGUCGUCCGUCGUGAAGAGUUCUUGCGUGACGAUAUCUCUCGUACCUCCUCCAUCAAGAUUGGUUUCGGCAAAUCUUGCACUGAUGACCGCAAGAUCACCAUCAACACUCAAAUGGCUCGUAGCGAAGACGAGAUGUUUUCAACUGUUCAAUCUCAGAUGCAAGAGCGCCAGUGUGCUAAACAGGAAUUGUUCGGUCGUGGAGUCAGUGAAGAGUGCUUGUCCACUCGCCGCUUGGCUGCCAUCCUCAACAAGGGAAUUGUGACCAUCGACUACAACGAGAUGCCCGGCUUCGUGCGCAACAUGACCACUAAAGUAAGCAACCUCUUCCGUCGUUGGAUGGGCGAACACAUGUCCGACAACCAAGUGGAUGUUGAGAACACUGCUAACCAAAUCCGCAUUGAAACCGUCUACUACCCCAUCAUUGGAUCGAUGGAUUUGCGCGUCUACAAACCCGAAUCCAACACUUUCUACCACGGCAUCAAUAUCCACCCAUUGGCUGAAGCCGUACUUCCUUUUAAUCCUCGUCUGACCGCCUUCCGCGCCAUUUACGGUGGUCCCGGUCUCUGCAUGGUUGAUCGCGAUUCCGUAACUACCUACGACGGACUCACGUACAACACUACCAUCGAAGGAUGCGAUCAGCUCAUCACCAAGGACUGUUCCGGUCGCUACAAGAUGGCCGUUUUGGCUCGCAAAGAAAACAACGCCAAGAUUGUGACUGUUUACCUCAACCGCGAAAAGAUUGAAAUGAACCCCGCUCAAAUGAAGGUCAAGAUCAAUGAGAUGGAGCACGUCUUCAGCGAGGCUGCCCGUGUUUACCAAAUCAGAGACGCCGAACAGCAAAUCAUGGCUCUUCUCCGCAUGACCAGCGAUGGAUUCAUCGAAUUGGAUUCGCCUAGCCACUUGAUCCGCGUAACUGUCAGCAAGGAAGAGGUCAUCCUGAUGAACUCCCCCAUUCACCGUGGCCGCUUGUGCGGUCUUUGCGGUUCUCAGACUGGUGACAAGAUCACUGAUUUGGCCGGACCCAAAAAGUGCCCCCUCCCUGAAACUUUGAUGAACGUCGCUUACGAGCUUAGGUACCCUGCCGGAUGCAAGAGCUCCCAUACCCCUGCCGACCAAGAAGUUUUGCGCCGAGUUCAAGAAAAAUGCAUCAAAGAAGAAUCGCACGCUGUUUUUGGACUCACCGAUAGACGCCCAAUGGCUCCCAUGUUCCAGCAGCGCGUCUUGUCAGUGGGCAUCCGCAGCGUCGAUACCGACUGCGAUCUCUCCCGCAAUCGUAUGAUCCAUCGCGGACGUAAGCGCUGCUUCUCCGUCGAUCCGGCUCUCAAGUGCUCAGCCGGAUGCCAACCCGCUGAAUUCGAAUCUGUCAAGAUGGGUUUCCACUGUUUGGUGAAUGGCCCGCUUUCCAAUGAGUUGAGGGAUGCCUUGCCCAUUCGUCCGUUGGACGAGUUGGCUGGAAUGGAAGUCACCAAUAUGGCCGUCAUGCGCGUGCCCACUUCCUGCACUCCUGUUACUCCUACUCCAACCAAGGAUGAAAAGUCGCCUAAGUCGCACCGUCAUCAUUAAAUUCUAUACAGAAAUAUUCGAAAUAACUUGGACUAGGGAAUAAUGACUGGUUCAUUAAUUAAUUAAUUGAUUAUGAAAAAUAGUAAUUAAUGUAAUGUGUAUUUUAAUUGGGGGAAAAAAUCUGUGGAAAUAAAAAAAGAUAUACAA